GUAGAGCAGCGUUUCAUCCUGUCAGUUGCUUGGGACUGCUGGAUGUAAGCGGAUCUCAGGGGCCGGAGAACCAUCAAACCAGCCACUCACCCACCGUCGUCGAUGAUAGUGUGUUUGGGUUAAAUUUUGAAUCCGUUUUGUCAACUGUUGGUGGGGCCACAAUUGUUGAUAACGAAGUGCAAUGGUACAUUAAGCUAAGCGAAGGGAAGUGAUAGUGAGGAGGAAAGCGACGGAUGGUAGUUGUCUUGCGAAGAAGCGGGCAACGGACGCUCCAAGAGCCGUCGUGGAAUGGUAGCGGCCACUGGUGAUUAACUGGUGUGAAAUUGCGUGUACAGUUACGAUCGAGCAUGUUGUAGGUGUAUGGCAAUAACGAACCUCGAGACGCAACUCGAGCAUCGUCCCAGCCACUGGGCCGGCGGCAGGUGAGCCAGACUGACUGGCUGUUGAAUAAAUAUUUCGGCAAAGCUUUUACUGUGAAGCCAAGUGAAGGAAAGUGGAUAAUUGAAUGUACAAGCAUUAAUCUGCAGCGUGCUGCUCAUCGGGGUAAUUGAAAUUGCGGCAAGUGUUUCCGAGAUUUCGCGGGCGCGCGAGCUUGGCCAAGAUGACGAUCCGGGAGGACGCCGCAGAGCUGGUGCGCGUUGAUCUUGCGAAAGCGAACGGGAGCGCCUACUUUGGUCAGACGGGCAUGAUCGACGCUGGAGGCAGAGUAGGCGACGGACAGGAUGGACAGAUACAGUUCGAUAGGCUCGAGUUCGAAAGUCCGGAGGAUUUGAUGCGCCAUCUCUACUACACCUGUAUGCGGUCAAACACGAGCGAGCCACCGUGGACCACCGAUGGUAGUACGGUGUUUUGCCCGCGCCGGUUCGACGGAUGGUCCUGCUGGGAACCGACGCUGGCUGGGACGGUGGCGGAAAACUGGUGCCCAAAGUUUGUGCUAGGCUUUGAUCCACGGCGGCUCGCCUAUCGCACAUGUCAUGAGAAUGGGUCCUGGUUCGUACAUCCACACUCCGGACGGGAAUGGUCCAACUAUACCAACUGUAUCGACACGGAAGAUAUGCAGCUUCGUCGGUUGGUAAACGACAUCUACAUCGGUGGAUACACGGUUUCGUUCUUAACGCUAAUUAUAUCACUGUGUAUUUUCCACAGCUUUCGCACGCUGAAAUGCACCCGCAUACGGAUACACAUCCAUUUGUUCACCUCCUUGGCGCUAAGCUGCCUGUUCUGGAUCGUCUGGUACAAGUUUGUCGUGGAGGAUCCGGAUGUCCUGAAUGCAAAUACGGGCUGGUGCGUCGGGCUGCACAUUCUGCUACACUACCUGAUGCUGGUUAAUUAUUUCUGGAUGUUCUGCGAAGGACUACACCUGCAUCUUGUGCUAGUUAUAGUCUUCAUCAAGGAUAUUGUCGCAAUGCGUUGGUUCGUCACGAUCGGCUGGAUAUUGCCGAUGGUGCUGGUGAGCCUGUACGCCCUCGUCCGCAACACGCAGCCACUCGAUACGGAGCACUGCUGGAUGAACGAAAGCCAUGCCAUGUGGCUGCUGACGAUUCCGGUGUGCUUUUCGCUAGUGGCCUCACUGGUGUUUCUUAUCAACGUCGUCCGGGUGUUGCUGACGAAGCUAAGCUCCACCUCGCCCCAUCCAGCACCGCUCGGACUGCGGAAAGCGACGCGUGCCACCUUGAUUCUCAUUCCCCUGUUUGGUCUGCAGCACAUCCUGCUGCCGUUUCGGCCGGAGAAGGGCUGCUCGCUGGAACGGUACUAUCAGAUCGGGGCCGCCCUGUUGAUCAGCCUGCAAGGUUUGUGCGUUUCGUGCCUGUUCUGCUUCGCAAACCACGACGUCAUCUUUGCGGUACAGUGCUACCUGAGCCGAUUUUUCCCCGACCUCGUGACGCACCCGUUUCUCGAGAGCAACGGUGGGCAGCCGGCCACGCAAAGCCGCGACGUGGUCGUAUGACUACUGAACGCGCGUCGCUCCACACCGACGAGUAUAAGCCCGCGCGAAGCGACUCCCCGCGAGCUGGCCCAGUGUGCCGUCUGAGCCGUGUGUCUGUUGCUGUUGUGUCGUGUUGUUGUCGGUGGAAAAGGAAAACCCCAGCGCCAGAGGAUCCGUUGGCUGCGGUCAAUGAAAUCGCCGUAGGUGUCCUUCGCGAUGGCGAGAUUUUGGGGGUUCAACUCGCAUGAUGUAUGUGCUGCUAUGAAUCCGUUUGGUGUUCGUAUUUCGGUGUUUCUGUGGUAAAUAAUGUGACUGCGUGUACAAAAUCUAAUGUUCCUGAGGCACAAACACAAAUGUGUAGCGAGAAGGUGGUGGCACGGGAUCCGCUACCUUUCGGGUGACUAAAAAUAUGUUUAACAAUACUAGCUGCAAGCGGAGCGUUGGCCGCAUUCAGGGCUGCAUCCUGUAGCGCACAUCCGGCGCCCGAAUUGGGUGAACGAAGAGAGAAAUAAAGAAUAUUUUUACAGCUUGAGUAACAGCGGCAAAA